AGAGCGCGCGGCACACUGUGCAGCGGACCACCGGCGAAUAUUAUAUUUGACGUUUCGUAAAUAUAAGUAGGAACUUUUGUUACGAAUCGCAAACAUAAAUCGUGUUUUCAAUUUCAGUUAAAAGUGUAGUGAAAAAUUAAUUUAAGAUGAUUACCCUAGUGUUCGUUUUGGGAGGUCUCCUCGCAGGGACAGAGGGCUGUGGAGCCGGCAAGCGGAUGUUAAGAUCAGGAGGGUUAACGGCAUAUGAACAGCAGAGUAUAGUGGAUGCCCAUAAUCGCCUUCGACAAUCUGUGGCUUUAGGACAAGUUUCAAGUCAACCUCCAGCGGCCAAUAUGAUGGAAAUGGUGUGGGAUGACGAAUUGGCAGCAACUGCUCAACGCUGGGCUGACCAAUGUAUCACUGCACACGAUCGUGCGUCUCAACGCGAAGUUGGCCGUUUCCCUGUGGGGCAAAACUUAGCAGCUACAUGGACUACUCGCCCACCAUCUGAACAAUCUGACUCCGAACCAGACUUCCAGAAACAAAUCAAUGCUUGGUUCGAUGAAGUUCAUAUAUUUGGAUUUAAGCCCAUUAAUGGUGGACAUGGGACGGGUCAUUAUUCUCAGUUAGUUUGGGGUGAGACGUCUCAUGUGGGUUGCGGUUACACUUUCUACUACGACCCUGCCCGAGGCUACACCAAGCUGUACAUUUGUAAUUAUGGCCCUGGUGGAAAUGUCAUAGGGGCAAAUCCCUAUGAAAAGGGUAAUCCAUCUUGCAGCGCCCACGGGCUUGCCGACUCCAGAAAAUACACUGGUCUUUGUUCCACAAGUUACACCACAAGCUAUCAUACAGUGGACAAUACCAACAAUUAUAUAUCGAACGUCAUUCCUGACAGCACAGUGGAGGCACCAGGCUACAAUUUUCAAUUCUACAAGCAGUUCAACAACCAAUACCAAUACCAAUUCCAGCAGCCUCAAAGAUACUUCAACACGGAAACAUCGACUUUUAGGCCACUCAUCAGUAUACUUAAAACGGCUUCAAAUUUAUUCGCUAAACCAAAAUCAACGGGCUUCAGAAUUGGUACCGUUUACGUAUAAGUCGUUUCACACUCGCGUGUUAGUUCAUAACAGUAUUUUAUCACUAUAUCGAUAGAGUAACUUGACUGAUUAUUCGAGUCUGUUUACGCAGAGUUCGGAACAAAGACAAUAUUCCUUGGUUUUACAAGGAGCUUUAGAACCCUUAAUCGAUGUAUAAAUGAACUUUGUAUAGAUUGAAGGUCUGAUAGUUUUUUCCAUAAAACUUGUGCUGUCGCGAUUGACCUUCUUGUAUUUAACUUAGCGUGAAGUAUGUUGUUAUUUAG